GAGGUCGUUGGGUGCUGACAGAACCCCUAGAAUGGACUGAACUGGACGUGGGAGAAGAACAGCCGGCGGGAUGGAGCCUAAAAUGACUAAUGUGUGAUUUCGGUGGAAUAAAUGGCGUCCAGAGUCACAGAUGCUAUAGUCUGGUAUCAAAAAAAGAUUGGAGCAUAUGACCAACAAAUAUGGGAGAAAUCUGUUGAGCAAAGAGAAAUCAAGGGAUUAAGGAAUAAACCAAAGAAAACGGCACAUGUGAAACCAGACCUCAUAGAUGUUGAUCUUGUAAGAGGGUCUGCAUUUGCUAAGGCCAAGCCUGAAAGCCCAUGGACUUCUCUGACCAGAAAGGGAAUUGUUCGAGUUGUGUUUUUUCCCUUUUUCUUCCGGUGGUGGUUACAAGUAACAUCAAAGGUCAUCUUUUUCUGGCUUCUUGUUCUUUAUCUUCUCCAAGUUGCAGCAAUAGUAUUAUUCUGUUCCGCUUCUAGUCCACAUAGCAUACCUCUGACGGAAGUGAUUGAGCCGAUAUGGCUGAUGCUGCUCCUGGGAACUGUGCAUUGCCAAAUUGUUUCAACAAGAACACCCAAACCCUCUCUAAGUACAGGGGGUAAAAGAAGAAGGAAAUUAAGAAAAGCAGCCCAUUUGGAAGUACACAGGGAAGGAGAUGGUUCUAGUACCACAGAUAACACGCAGGAAGGAGCAGUUCAGAGCCCCGGUCCAAGCACCUCUUACAGUGUUGGCGCUGUCUUCAGAGAUCUCUGGCAUGCUGCUUUCUUUUUAUCAGGAUCCAGGAAAGCAAAGAAUUCAAUUGAUAAAUCAACUGAGACUGACAAUGGCUAUGUAUCCCUUGAUGGGAAGAAGACUUUUAAAAGCAGUGAAGAUGGAGUAUCAACCCAUGAGCCUCAGUGUGAAACCAUUCGAUCAGAAGAGACAGCCUGGAACCCAGGAACACUGAGGAACAUUUCCAGCAAAGAUGCCCAAAGGACAGGAACAAAUGUCUCUGAUGAAUUCUCCAGUGAAGAAGGCCCUGAAACAGGGUACCCAUUACGCCGCCGGCAUGUGGACAGGACUUCUGAAAGCAUUCUUCGGAAUAGAAAGUCACACCAUUAUAAGAAACAUCCUAAUGAGGAUGCCCCUAAAUCGGGUACUAGUUGCAGCUCUCGCUGUUCAAGUUCCAGACAGGAUUCUGAGAGCACAAGGCCAGAAUCUGAAACAGAAGAUGUAUUAUGGGAAGACUUGUUACAUUGUGCAGAAUGCCGUUCAUCUUGUACCAGUGAGACUGAUGUGGAAAAUCCUCAGAUUAAUCCCUGUGUGAAAAAAGAAUAUAGAGAUGACCCUUUUCAUCAGAGUCAUGUGCCCUGGCUCCAUAGUUCCCACCCAGGUUUAGAAAAAAUAAGUGCUAUAGUAUGGGAAGGCAAUGACUGUAAGAAAGCGGAUAUGUCUGUACUUGAAAUCAGUGGAAUGAUAAUGAACAGAGUCAACAAUCAUAUACCAGGAAUAGGAUACCAGAUCUUUGGGAAUGCAAUCUCUCUGAUCCUGGGUUUAACCCCAUUUGUUUUCCGAGUCUCCCAAGCUACAGAUCUGGAACAGCUCACAGCACACUCUGCUUCUGAACUUUACAUGAUCGCGUUUGGUUCUAAUGAAGAUAUCACAGUUCUUUCUAUGGUUAUAAUAAGUUUUGUGGUUCGUGUCUCCCUUGUUUGGAUUUUCUUUUUUUUGCUAUGUGUCGCAGAAAGAACUUAUAAACAGCGAUUGCUUUUUGCAAAACUCUUUGGACAUUUAACAUCUGCAAGGAGGGCUCGAAAAUCCGAGGUUCCUCAUUUCCGGUUGAAGAAAGUACAGAACAUUAAAAUGUGGCUCUCUCUCCGUUCCUAUCUUAAGCGCCGAGGCCCUCAGCGAUCUGUUGAUGUAAUCGUCUCAUCUGCUUUCCUCUUGACCAUCUCAGCUGUGUUUAUCUGUUGUGCUCAGCUGCUUCAUGUGCAUGAGAUCUUCCUUGAUUGUCACUACAAUUGGGAGCUAGUAAUUUGGUGCAUCUCAUUAACACUUUUUCUCCUAAGAUUUGUUACCCUUGGAUCAGAAACAAGUAAAAAAUAUAGCAAUACCUCAAUAUUACUUACUGAGCAGAUAAACCUCUACUUGAAAAUGGAAAAGAAACCUAACAAGAAAGAUGAACUGACACUAGUGAAUAAUGUUCUAAAACUGGCUACUAAACUACUAAAGGAGUUAGACAGUCCUUUUAGAUUAUACGGGCUCACAAUGAACCCACUGCUUUAUAACAUUACCCAGGUGGUCAUCCUUUCAGCUGUGUCUGGAGUUAUCAGUGACUUGCUUGGAUUUAAUUUAAAGCUAUGGAAGAUUAAAUCAUAACGAUUCAGAGGAAAGAUGUAACUGCUCUUCCAGAUCUGGAGUACUGCCUAUGCUGCCUGGAAGCCGGCAGGAGUCUCAGCUGGGACACUGAAGUGUUGGCAUCAGACUGUCUUGUGCAAUUCUUCUAUUUAUUUUACAUGUUCACUGUUUUUUACUUUCAGUCCUAUACUUUGUUUUUAAGCAUUGGUGUAUACUUAGUUGUUGAAAGGGUGAAAAAACGAUCUCCAGAUACUUGAGAACCUGGUAAUUGCUCUUAAAUAAUUGACAGAUUGCAAAACCUGGGAGCAGAAGCCAUUGCUAAGCACUGUUUCUCCAUCAAUGCCAUGAACUUGCCUUACUUGGGUAAAAUAUCCUACUAACUUUGACAUAUUGCAUUGGACUCAGCUAAGAAAAUACCGCAUUUUCUUCAGUAAUCAAGAUCCAGUCAGGGUUUUUCUUGAAUUAUUUUGGAACAAUGCCAGGGUCUGCAUUGAUUAAGCUGCAGUUUAAGCACCCUUCAGUAUUAAUAUAUGGUGUUACAUAACAGGUCAACAAGUGCUCUUUGAUGAUAAAACUCUUAGUAGAGCAAUAAUUGUAAAUGGUUACCAUACUGUAAGAUUUUUUGAUAAAAAAUUGGUAAUAAUUCUAUUUAUUUGAAACACUGGGCUGUUUGCACAGCUCCAACUGUGCAUGCUCAAAAUGUGCACUUUUAAAAAUUGUUCCUUUUAAUGUAGAUCUUUAUAUGGACUAUAUUGUAGUGUACUAGGGCAUGAUAACGUAUCCCUUCGAGUGAGGUAUAAGCUCCUUUCACAAGUGAAGUGCCUAUUGAUAUCACUUAAGUACAUUAUGUGUACUCAAGUAAAAUCAUCUUCUCCCCAUGGUACACUCCAGUGUAUGCGAUUCCUACCGCACUCAAAUGAACAAGGGAAGAACCAGUCCACUCUUCUCUGACUGGCCUUUUUACGACUUUCCAAAUUCUCAGAAAAGGCCAUUUCAGCUUACAGAUUAUUUCCUCUAAAUGUAAUCUGGCGUAUUGCCUCCUCAGCCCCCAUCCUCACCCCAACCAUUAUAUAAGGGCUAUUUCAGAUGUCUUUAACCUAGAAAAUUCACCCCUCCAACAAUUUGCCAAGUGUCUAAAUGAGUACUUAUCAUGUUGGCAUGUUAGGUAAAUAGGGCAAAUAUGACAGUAACUUAUAUUGGGCCUUGGUUUUAAGUUGUUAUAUUUGUACAAUCAAAUAUUUUAGGAAUUACAUGAAUUAUGACUUGUUUUUCAGUGUUUAUUUUUAUGCUAGGUAUCUGAUUUCUAAAAAAGCAUUUAUUUGAAACAGUUCAGAACCUUCUUGGUGCAAAGUGAAUCAUGUUACAUAUCCUCGUGCUUUUACCAAGUAUUCGGGAAUUGAAAACGACUCGUUGUCGGUGGUUUGUCUGUGUGGUGCGGUUCACAAUGACACACGCUCAUUUGCGGGUCAGGAACGAGUGAAGAAGAGAGCCACAUCCUCGCCCUUGCUCUCACCAUUCCUCUUGAUCCGCCUCAAGUCGGCUGUGCUGUGUAGUGUAUUUCCUUUCUGUAGAAAACAACAGAAAGCGUGUUGUUUUAUUUGUUGGGGUUCUCAUAUGUUUGAUAAUGACCAAAGUGCAUUCUGAGUCUUUUCAAGGAAUGUAUUUGCUGGAGCUUUAAGAACAUACUUAUUUUCUCAUGUGAAAAAUUAGCCUUUGUCUGAUAAGUUUCUUCUUCUUCUCGUCUCCGUUAAGGUUGUUUUUAGGAAUUAUAUUUUAUAAACUUUUUUGAAAUAUAAGGUACAUACCUAUACAGAACUGAACAUUUUGCACAGAAUAUACUGAAUAUAUUUUGCGGGGAAAAAAAAAAGUACCGCAUGAGUUCUGGUAGGAAUAAAAAGUGAAACUGUUGUAUCACACACAUACUUAAAAAACAGCUUAUUUCAGAAUGGGAAUAUUUUUGAAAUGUAACUGAGUAUACUGAUUUUAAAAAAUGUUUUAGAUGGAAAUUCAUUUUAAAUUAAAGUUGGGAGUUGCUUCAUGAAGUACAAUAUCUAUACCUCUCAACCACGUAAACGUGUUGAAUUGUCACUCAUGGGGGCGAGCAGUGGGGUUCUAAAGAGAAAGUUUUUAUCAUUUUAAGCAGUGUCAGAGCAUUAAUAGUAGAACCGUUUUCAAAGCAAAAACAAAAAAUCAUUGCUGCCUUUAAGAGUAUCAUGAAUGUAAGAAAUUGUAACAUACUACAAAAUAUAGAAAAGGCAGUUCAAAGAUAGAAUUAUGGCAGAUGUUGUGUUACUGUUGUCAGUUUGCCACUUGUUCUAUUUGAAAGUUUGAUCAGCAAGUUUAAAAUAAAACAUUCUGUGACUGACAGUGUUCAACUGGAUGUGCGUUGUUGUUGUUUGCUUGUCUAAAUUGUUCAGGUCAUAUAGUUUCUAUGGUAGUUUGUGUUGGCUGUAGCAUAAACUUUAAUGAUAAAUGUUGGAUUUGGGGAGAGUGGAAAUAAACUUUGUAUCGCUUCCCAACA